UCGCCCAAGGAGUCAAGACACAUAAAGGGCAGUAACCAGAGGAACAGAGGUCUUCAAUGGAUUCUGCAGAACGUAAGCCCGGAAGAGCAACGCGGCGUAGUAUAUUUUGCUGACGACGACAACACCUAUGACCCACGAAUUUUCGAACAGGUAAUCAACGCUCUUUAUUGAUCGGAUUAGUAAUUAGUUUUUGGCAAUGCAACAUUAAUAGAGGCGACAUUCUGAGCUCCAAAGGAUUCGUGUUUUGCAACAGAAGAAUAAAUGGUCUUUCCUGUCUGAAGCUUUGCGCUCAUGCGAGAGUGCAUAAUCGAAGGACGAAAAUGCGACAGCGGCUAGUCAGUGUCUGUAGUCUCCUUCCGUCAGCUGGCGGUCGUAUGGACCACUUAUAAAUGAACUCGAUACGCGAGCGGAAGGUAAGGCAGGGUCGACGUCAGAUUUUCAGGGCUCCACUGGCCCCCUAACUCGUCCCUCUGGGAGCUCUGCCACUUAACUCGGCGUUUGCGAAGUUAAAUUCGUGACCAGCGCUCAGGGUUUGAAAAACCGCUUGUCACAACAAAUCACACCUCCAUCACGUCCGUUUGCGUUCGGAUUGCCGGAAUUGUAGUCUUCUUCGAGUUUUACAUGGGUAAAUUAGGAGCGAGAUCAGAGAAAUAAGGCACGAGUGCUCAGUGAAUUUAAGUUGGUCUUCCCCGUACGUAAUUGGACCUUUUACAGACUGUGAGGGUCGACUGGCUCCACCGGCAUUUAAUCAUGUGGCUGGAGCUCUCUUACAUGUAAGCAGUUUUUUGUGCCUCGGUAUACAUGAGACCCCAGUCGUCCAUGGCCGAAUAGUUCAGUGCCGGUUUAUUAAGGCGGAAGUUGACCAUUAGGGCAGUGGGCUUCUUGUGCUCGUUAUUCUGGAGUGCUGUAACCGGUUCUUAUAUUUUUGGAAGGUCGUUAAAGCAGCUGCAUUCGCGCGCUCCCGGGCCCUUUUUUGCGCCCACUUAGUCGCCUAUCUGCACAACGGCACUUCAAUUUGUCUCGUACUUAUCAGAUCCCACACCUAAUUUGCUCAGGUCAAAUCCGACGGAGGCUAGAAUUUCGGUCAUCCACUCCAUCCGGCCACGCGAAUGAAGCAACGAUCCGUCAUGACAAGCGGUCACACAUGGCCUGAGUACUGACUGUGACUCAAAUUUCGCAGACGCGAAGACAAGUGGCAGAACUUCUAGAAAGACAGACAAAGCGACAAUACAGACCCAGAACUCCGAUAUAUACACUCAUUUAUCGCGUUCAUCAUCCCCCGAAGAAGAAGAUAAGGCGCAUUCAUGGACCGAGUUAUAUUUGUACUGACGUUACGGAAACCCUCUCGUUUCCAUUAUCAGAGUAAUGUGUUGACAGUUCCUGUUGGUCUUGAUUGCGUCAGCCUUGAUACCUGUCUGGUAUGAUAUCCGUGCGCGAGGCACGAACUCUGACCUGCCCGUUCGCCGUCGAUUAGCGUUGCCCUCUCCGCCGGUGGGCUCCUGCCACUAAUGACCCCUUUGCGGCCGUCGUAAUUGUUAGCGAGCCAGAAUGUUUUUCGGCCUCCCCCUCGUCACUCAACGGACUGAUCAGUUGUUGGGGCUCGUGUGAGUUGAUCUCAGCCUCGUGGGCGUCGCGGUGAGGUGGCGUCCCAUGCUGGGCACAUGACCCCGGCCGGUUUCUCUCCCACUUUCUGCUGACAUCGACUGUCGGCCACGCGUCACUUUGCUCGACUGUCCUAAUGGCCUUGUUCGCACUGACUGGAGCCUUGUGCGUAGCGCCUGAUAGGCGGGAUGCAGAUCUAUGGCUCUGUUGAGUGUGCCAGUCGCGGACCAACUUUCGAGCAUCAGUCUGGUCAUCUUAUCAUUGGCUCGGCCGAUUACCCUUGCUUUUUCAAAGGCGAAAUUGUGGUUCUGCUGUUUGACGUGGCCAUAAACCAUAGACAGCUUGUCCUUGCGGUUAAUUGCAAGCUGGGGCUCAUGCAAUCUUGUGCCAAGACGUUUGCUCAUUUCACCAACAUACCUUGCAUCACAGUUUUGGCAUAGUAUGCUGUAGACCACCUUUGAUUGUUCUGUCACCGGUAGCUGGUCUUUGGGCCUCAUUAUUUGCUGUCUGAUUGUUGACUCUGGCUUGUGAGCCACUCCGAUCCUGAAAGGCUUCAGGAUUCUUGCCGUCGACUCUGACACGUUUUUCACAUAAGGGAUUGCGAGCCAAAAUUUCGGGUUUUCUCCGUCCGACCGCUCAGGGUUGGGCUUCUUAGGACACUUGCGUAUGAAGGACUUGGGAUAACCGUUGGCUUUAAAUAGGGCGUGCAAGUACUUUAUCUCCUCCUUCCUCCCAUUGUCGUCGCUGUAGUGUGUUUGAACGCGUUGGAAGAGGGUCCUGACACAACUGUGUUUGUGACCAACGGGGUGGUUGCUCUUGAAGUGGAGGAUUCGCCUGGUGUUAGUUGCCUUGCGGUAGACCGUUGUCCUUAUCUUCCCGUCCUCCAGCUUUCUCAAUUGUACGUCAGGGAAGUCCAGCUGAUUGUUGAGCUCUUCUUCCAUAGUAAGCUGGAUAUCGGGAAAGAUUGAAUUCAACAGUGCCUUGAAAGUCCACACAUCGCUCCUUUUGAUGAUAACGAAAGUUUCGUCGACGUAUCUCGCCCAGAAUUUUGGGGGGUACGAGCUGAAGACCAGCCGCUCAAGCCUCUGCAAAACCGCUUCGGCAAUUAAUCCAGUUAGAGGCGUGCCCAUCAGAGUCCCCUUCUUUCGCUCGUAGACCCGGCCGUUGAAUGUAGAGAACGUCUUAAGCGAUAGUUCUGGGAGCUCGAUGAUGUGAACUCGUUUGAGCUGUUGAUCGGUCUCAUCAUACUUUUCCCGGAGAAAACCGUCAAUAGUGUCGAUAGCCAGUAUUUAUCUCAUACUCGCUUCCUGUUAACUGAAAAUGACUGCAGACACUGGCUGUUGCUGUGACUUUUCCGGUCUCCGGCGAUGCGCUACUGCAUGAGCGCGGAAGCUCGGACAGGGGACUCCCUCCUCCUGUAUGGUAAAAAGUGUUCUUAGGAUGUGUGUGUGUGUUGUGCAGCAGCCCUUGGCAUCUUUUCCGGUGAUGCGCAUAUAUUAUUGAUUUCUAUUUAUGCAACAAUCUCUGAGUGCCCUAAACCGAAGUUCGAAGGCAGAAUGAAACGUCCACAUACCGUUAUAUAUAUGGUUAAGUUAGAUUUGUACUGAUUGGUGGAGAUUAGUUUUUUAUACCCCACAUUUGAAGGAUUUCUCUGUUAUACGACAGUUGGGCCGUCGCGAAAGAUGAAUUGUACCGUGAGCCCCACGGAGGUGGGACAACAUCGGUGACUCGCGCUUGGUUUAUUUUAUGGCGAGGCAGGCUUGUUCAGCAUCGACCACACUCUUCCCCUUCUAAUCCAUCCUGCUCCCAUGGCACAACAGUCUCAUGUCGGCCGGGGGUGGGUUCUUACGCACUAGCUAACAACGUUGGGCGACGGCCCAUCUUCACGCGCUACACACGUCCUGCCCACCACAGUAUUUGUCAAAUUGAAUUUCACAUGAGUGCGAGGGACACAAAAUGCCAUGUUGAGAAGGAGAUACAGCAACCUGACUCGUCCGCGUCACUGCAUGUCUCACCAUCCCGCAGCGUCCGCAGUAGCAUCGCCAUCCCGUAUUAGCGUUGGAACCGCUACCCUCCCUCCAUCCCCUCACAGUUAGGUGUCCAGUCGCAGUUGCAACGUUUGAUAAGCCGAUGGGAGGGCAACACAACGGUUAGCAGCUUUUGGAUCCUUUGAUCAGGCAUUUGACAUCAUUUUGGAUGGUUUACCUUUUCGUUGGAGCUGGGACUCUGGCUGGUUUAUCUUUCGAGACAAGGCUAACCGGCUUGUUCGCCGGAUUAAACCGACCGUAACCGACCUCAGGCCCGGAGGAUCUACAAGUGAAACCAUACUUUGCCAUUGAGCCGCCCAACAUUCGACAGUCUCAAGCAAAUGCUCACUCUGUUUGUGUGAAAUGAUGAGGGCCAGACGGAAACAGCGUUCGCUAGUGUGAACUGAUUUCAGGAGACCGCACAGACAUUGUACUUUGCCCUGCACCUGCGGUCUAGACGAAGAAUGUUGGUUGUUCGUCUGUAUGCGGUCAUCAGCGGGAGUGCUGCAUCGGCCUGCAUCGGCGGACGCAACUCCGAAGAAUGCCGACUGAGUCAUUUACGGACUGCUGUGGCCCACAACCAGCACCUUUGUGAAGUGCUGUCCAAAGUCCAUCCACUGCGAACUUAAAGACAACAAUCGGAGACAGGGUAUUCGGAACGGUUACAUGGCCUUGUUUUUGGCCCGUAUUUUUACACUUUCAUUCAGUGCAAAGCAAUUAGAUAGAGAAACCGGUCAACGGGAGGCUGUACAGUUGUUUGUGGCGGUUAGGCGCAAAGUUUAUAGUAAUCCCCUGGUGUUCGGUCGACCUGUAGGCCUACAUGGUUUAUGCGCGAUGCACUGUCCCAAGCGACCUAUGUAGAUUGCACAGGCGAGCCUAAAGGUUCGCAACCUAUACUCCUACGGCAGGAUGGAAGAACGUAAGGACGCUUUGUGUCGCUUACGUUCGGCUCUAGGUGAAUGCUCGAACUCGUGAAUGACAGGUUAGCUGUCGAGCCAGGAACUGUUCCAUGCACCAGAGACAGGUUAGCCAUCUUCGUUCUGGAUAUUUGGAGCCUCCCAAACGGCGUUGUUGUAUACAGAAUCCUGAGUUGUCCUCUCAAGCCGCAGUGACCGCUGGCGAAUGCAGGGCUGGUACUGACCGCGUCCAAUCAUGCCUGAGAGUCCGUGGGACAGUGGUGGUAGCUUCUUUUGUAGGAGUGUGGGGCAAUCUCAAGUGGUGUCCCAAUUGGUCUGCGCUAAUUUGUCGAGGGGGUGGGUUCCAAGUGGCUUGUGUUGAAUUAGCAUGGGGGGGAUAGUAAAUUUCAGUGACGCCUGGGCAGCUGCGACUCUGUGGACGUCGAGUUGAAGCACGUCGAGUGGUUGCAGGUCAGUGCGUCUGAAAUUGCAAGGGAUGAAAAACUGGAACGCGACGGACUCCUGAACAAGAACGCCACACAUAGUCGUGAUGUCUGCCGGCAAAAAGUCCUCAGGGAAGGAUUUGGCAUGGCGACGCACACGGAUCGAAGAAAACCAUCUUCGACUUAGUGACAGCGGCUCUAAACACACAAAUGUUUUUCAGGGCCAACAGGGCUAUUUUAUGACGGUGGAGUGGAGGUAGAAUGCGAACUUGCUCCAUCUUUGCUUAUACCUGUCGGCUUUUCGAAUAAAAACAAUUCCUUUCCUCUGCAUAAACAUCAGCGCAAGGCAAUAGAGGUAAGCACGGCCAGUGAUCGGUCCAUGCCUUUCUUCCGAAUCGCACAGUGUUUUCAUGCAGACAUUGGCUUUUGGUAUCUUCGCCAGAGUUCUGUUGCAUCAGCUAGCUAAAUUAACGGUAGUCUAGAAUGCGCGAAUUAAGCAUGUCGUAUUUUCUCCGACAGUCAGGUCUGCAGCGUAACCAAGUUAUCGUUUGUAAGUAGACUGUUGAUCCGACGGGGAAAUGCGCACCAAGCCCCGCGCCUGCGUAUGGCAGAACAUCCCAUAUCCUCAGCAGGGUUUCCGUCUGACGUUCCCGCGUAGGUGUCCGCUUGUAAACGCCUUUGGAUAAAUUGGUUUCAGGGAUACCAGGCCUCAUGCGCAUUUUCUUCCAGAUUGCUGCUGUGAAUCUGAACCCCCAUGGGGCUUCGUUAAUGGGCCACUGGUGGGCCGCCGAUCCCAUGCCCUCUACUACACGUUUCGAAUAGGUCUGAAAGUGUGUGCCAUGCCAGUAUCAGCAAACCAUGGCCCUCGCAGCCUGGUAUGCGCUGGCAGUUCCCUGACACCUAGUUCCCUAACAGUAGAUGAGCGUGCGCUUCCGCUGGGUAUACAGGUGGUAGACAUGGCUGUCCGGCCAUCAUCAUCGUCCUUUUGACCCCUUUUGGGGUGUUAUUGUUGGAGUACAGUCCCGGUCAAGUGGGUGAAUCAGGGGGUGUGAUGGAACGCCUAGGUGCGGCUCCGGACGUUCCAGCUACCUGCACCCUCCCCCCCGCCUCCAGUCUUCUUGACUCUUUCUUGACACCGGGUCCAGGCGGGGAGUUGGGAAGAGAGGGUGCAGUAUAUGCUGCGCAAGUUUACUAUUACUAUAAACUAAUUCACGCGCAAGCCACUGUCCCUGCUCCACCUUGCUGUGAGGCACACGGUAGGCAUAGUCGUAAACGGCCGCCGAACUCUCGGGCAUUUGGAGCCAUAGUAGAAGUAGUUCCUCUGAUUAGUGAAAGACCGUGUAUGUGUAUGUUUCGCUAAACAUCGACAGUUCGACCGUGUGCUUCACAGCAGGGUGGGAACAGAAGCGGUGAAUUACACGUUGAUUCGCCUUAGUAGUAGUAGUAGUAGUAGACUCGUGCAACAUCUACCCCACUCUAUCCUCCUCGACCCCCACCUGUGUUCGGUGUCAUGACGGAGUCAAGAAAAGCGGAGGCGUGAGAAGGCGCAGGAGGCUGGGACGACGACGAUCCACACCCCUUGUUCACAAGCCACAUUUACCAGGAUUUUAUAAAGCACAAAUAGUGAGAGGGCAUGGAUCCCAACGGGUGCGACGCGUGCCUUCACAUAAGCAUGCCACUACAGCCCAAAUGCCGGCAUUCCACUUAUCGCGCUUUCCCGAUAACGCCUGCUGGACUCUAUAUGAGUUCAGUGUAUCUACGUCAUGACCAGUUUUAGGGGUAAUCUGGACGAGGUUUGGUUCCGCAGCUCCACUUGACUGAUGCCAUAUGGUGGCUUACUAAAACAGUAUUCCUUAACAUACCCUAUUCAGCCACUCGCUGGAUUAGGAAAGGAGAGAGAGCGCAAGCAGAGCUCAAAGCACGCGCAGGGAUGCGGGUGAAGGUGGCGUAUACACAUUCUCCACGCGACACAGCCACUCUCUAGGUUAGUCGGUUAGGGGGGAGGGGGGUGCAAUCACAAUUGGAAGGUCACGGAGGGAGCCGCGUCGUAAUUCACAGUGCAUGGCCAUUGUAGUGGAACCGACGGAUUUCCACACCGUCGGAACAAUUUCAUUAGCAAGGCUUCUUGGCCACUCGCUGAAUUAGGAUAAUAAAGAGAGCGCUCGAAUUAGGCGAAAGAAGGCGCAUGUGAGCUGAAACCUGAACUAACCGAGGCUGACGUAUGAGCAGUCCUCCCUCCGUGGUACAGUCACUCGCUGGAUAAAAAUGGCAAGUAAGAUGCCAAUACGUGAUGCUUGUAAAGUCAGCUUAUUCGCAUCUACCGAAUUUCUCUUAGAAAGUUAACCAUGCGAUAUCACUCAAAUGGGGCUGCAAGAUCAAACCUCGCCGCAAUCUAUUCGCCAGAAACGAACAGAUCACGCCCGACAAUACGAACAGAAGCUUUGGGUUGGCUGAUGGCAAAACCGCUCAUCCGUGUUGUAUUUUUCUUGUCUUGUCAGGGGUUGGUGCAACUUGCACUGAGGAGCGACUAUUCGCACAGCGGAAAGGUUCGCACAUUCUAACCUUGAGGCCGAGCACACGGCCAAAUAUCGCGAAGUCGGCCGUCCCAUUCCUCCUGACGGCGCACGUUUUCUCCUCUGCACAGUUUCUUCUGACUAUGCUGUAUUCUAGGACAUCUAGGCCUUCCAUUAGAAUAAGCACGGACGUUUUAGUCGUACAGUGGUGAAGUUUCAGGGUAGGGGGUAAGUGUGUGUGUAUUUUUAGAAAGACCGCUGUCCUUUUGUACUGCAGUGUUUAACGCCGCUGCAUGGCUGAGAACGUACCGCGCAUUAAUAGCUAAGACCAUAAAUACUUUCCAUCAUCAUAAACAGAACUAGUAGGCGCGAGGGGCGCGGGGCUUAGCCUUAUGAGACGUCAGAACCAAAGUGUCCUGGCCUGGAUUGUGGUGUUGUACUAGUCAUCGAAAUUCUAGUAAGCAGCACCAGGGCGGCAUUGACGGAGCGCGAUGCCUGUCCACGAAAUGGGGCGCCAGUUCAAAUUUACACAUGGAUGUCUGUGUUCGCACGAUUUAUUUGUUGCUUUGUGAUCUCUACGAAAGAGAACGAGAAAGGAGUUGGUAGACUUGACGGACACCAAUUUGAAUGUGCGUUUUGCUUGACAAUUUGAUUCCCCCUUGUUGCGCAGUAUAGAAGCCGGCUAGAUCGCGUUUCAGUUUAAAGCUUUUACAUAUGUUUUUUUUUAUCAAAAAGACCAUUUUACGUAGUCCCACAAGAAGCCUCAACAAUGGCUUUUUGAGGAACUUUCUUGGAUAUGUGUAGGCCUAAGCUUAAUUCCCACCAAAGGUAGACAGAGAAGAAGGAGCACGGUGUUUGCGGACAGUAGUUCAAGUGAUCGCUAGAGAAAAGAAUUGUAUUUACCUGGUAUUUUAGAUCUUCGCUUAAAUCAUACUCAUAGAUAGUCGCAGAGGACAAUAGCUGAAGGUAGUAUCUAAAUGACACCUAUCAUAAUUAGCUGCUAGUGCAUUGGCUACUAGCGGUCGAAAUUGGUUCGACGAUUGUUUGCUCGUUGGAAAUUAGGACAAUCUCGCCAUUGCGUUAAUACUGUCACGGAAAUUGGUGUUCUCCAGAACCUUCCCCGCAUGGCCAGGGCAAGGUUUCGGCGGUGAGCGCAGAGGGGAGACGUUAUUGUGAUUGUUAACGGAUUGCAGACCAGAAAAACCUAGCUCGAGCAGAUAUCGCCGCACGCCGUUGUCACCAUUCGUGAAACUUUCGGCCUCGUCAAACUCGAACACGUGACUGGGCCCCGUUAAAUGAGCUGCAACCUGAGAGUUGACAUCAUUAGUCCUCAUAGUUGCCUAAUAUUCAGCAAUCCGGAUGCGCAGUGGUACCCCCAGUUGUUUCGUCCACAACUGAACCGAAUCCGGCUACAGAAGUUUCCUGUCGCUGCAAUGAGUCGUUCGGUCUCAGUACCUGACACCUGAAAGUCGCCUCUGGCCUGUUUUCAAGAGAGCAGUUCAAGGAAAGAGGGUAGUGCAGCCAGCUGGCAGAAUACAAGCGUUAGUGAGGGACGCGUAGAGUAAGGAAUCAUAGGGGAGGUGGGCAGGUGAAAAGGGACAAGGAAGAGAUGGGGAAGUGGGGAACAUAUGGCGCUGUUACCUGCCUUCAAAAUACUCUGGUAUGGACUAACGUCCACUCUGGUCAACGCUCCAGCGUCGCUGACUCUCCCUCUUACCUCCCGCUCCUUUGGUUCAUAAUUCGGACUGAUCUUAUUUCGUAGCCUCACCUGCAGUUUGGUAGAAAACUACGUUGUUUUUAUAUUUUAUGUCCUAGGAAAGAUUAUCUUUCGGUUUUAAAAAAGUUCCUAAUAAUGAAAUUUUUAAGGCCGUGCGAUGCCCAUUCGUACAGCAUCGCACAUGCCUGUUUACCAAUACUCCUCAUGAAAUGUACAAGGUCGGCAUCCAUUGCAAAAUUCUAUGAAUUCUAUUUGGUGUCUUCUUAAAGGCAUAGAGGAAUAUAUGAUGAAUGGAACGCAUGCACCUUGUAGACUGAAAUCGCUAAAUGCUAAUGCAGCGGCUGAUCAGGCUCAAAAUUAUUCGGGAUUUGGGAAGCUUUUCAAAAUUCAAAUAUACAUUUUUUCGGGCAUGAAACGUGAAGACAACGUAUUUUUCUACCAAACGAGUAAAAAAAGCAUAUUCUUGUACAUAUUUACUGUUAAAUAUAUUUAAAUUUACAAGACCACCGGAGAGCAAUGUAGAAAAUGCAUGCUACUUAAGUAGUCAUUUUUUACCGGGCACGGUUUCUGUGGGAGGUCACAAAGAAGUACAUUUAAAAGCCGACAUCCUGCCGAGUCCGAAGUACUAUAAGAUUAUGAAACACGAUAAUUAAUAUUACAACGCCACCUUAUUAAUCCUUCCUAGUCUAAAACGCAUUUCAGAAUUUUGGCCAACAUUUCAUGAGAUCGGUCACGCACUGUACAUCUAGGCCUUACUUCUGGGUAGCGAAGUAGGCGUUAUCCCGAAUGUGACAACAAUGCUGUAUUCCUGUGUGUUAGAAGAGUCCUGCAGUUGUCCACGUCUGCCUUCUGUAACGCGGGUUAAUAGCGUUUGGAUACGAUGGAGGGAGGGAAGGGGGCGCCUGUCCAGCAUUUUCAACGAACUUGACCAUUUUCGGCCACUUUCGAGGCAGAAGCCGACAGGGGGAAACGCCCAAAACAAAUCUGCACGAGAUUCCACCUUCAUUUUAAAGUCCCUCUACCGGUAUAAGCCACUCCCCCCCCCCCCCAACGUCUGCGGUAAAUUCCUGUACGGCUUCCGCCAAAUGGACUUGCGUGUACUGCAGUAAUGCAGCUUCUACGGACUAAAAUACCACACCGCAAUGUCAAAAACACUUUAGAUGUAAAGGAGCCAGAUUCUGCAGAUUCCAGAUUUAAAAGAUCUAGAAAGCGGUAGGUAAUGAUACUUCAAACUGCGUGCAAUAACUUCCGGGCGGUGGGGGAGGGGACGGGAAUACAUGCAAACCCGCAUCCCUGAGAGCGCCGCCCGGAAACCACAGCGAAUUAAAUUGAGACACAAGCAACGCGAAUCGUAUAUCAGUCUCUCCAAGUCCUAACAGCCAAAAACGAUGAAAAAUGCAUCGGGAGAAUGUUACUGAUGCGAGAAUUUGAGCUCUCCAGGAGCCUUAAACUAAUAGUUUCCCUAAUCGGCCACGAUGCAGCUCUCGGUAAGCGUGAAACCAGACCUUGUCAACCGCAUACACUGCUUAUCGGUUGCAUAUACUGUGCUUCACUGUGCGGUUUGCUGACGAGGAGCAGCGUAUUGAUCAGUCCAGUUGUCGUGAGAUACGAGCAUUUCCCUGAAUAGGCGUCAAGACUCAGGGCACAUUGACAGGACUUGUUUGGUGCAUUUUUAAAUGGAGAGGAUUUGGUCCGGUCAUGCUGUUAGACGGAUUUAAACGGUACAUGCGCCUAACUUAUUUCAUGCAUGAUAACGUGCCAAUUUAAGAAUCAGUAUCUUCCCAGGGCAUUUAUUUCCGUUGUUCAAAAGCACACCCUUGUGUGCCUAUUCCCGGAUCGAGAGCCCUUUUGCUGUAACAGUACAUGUCCGUGUACGCGGGUCAGUUGUUAGGUAUUUAACCUCGGAGCCGCUUUGUGACAUCGGGUAGGACCGCUAGGGACGCGUCAGUGCCCUUGGACGGCAUUUGCACAUGGGAGGUGAGCGCCAAAAUCUCUCUUUCUCUCUCGCCUUCGUUCCGAGGGACCUAUUUGUGGGUGGAAAUGAAACGCGAAAUAGGUUGCCUUGGGCCAGGCAAGAGGUCGACUUAAAAAGCCGCGCUCGUACACUCACAUGCGGGCACGUUUUGUUCACAUGUUAAUGCUCAUGCGAUUUCAACUGGAUAGCAUUGCGGAGGACACAUACUGGUCAGGUAACCUGAAACUGCGCUCCUAAAACUGACACAGAGACUAUUAACAAUCAAAUUUAAAGUAAAUCCUAGAGGGUUUCUGCUUGACCGUCCUGUCUGAGGUUACGUCUAAUUCUUCAAUAAAUCAUCUUAGUAAUUACGCUGACUAUAUAGGCCGUUUGUGAACACCGAAAAAGUUGUUGCCAUAGAAAAGAACAUAUUUUCAAGAAUAAACGCAGCGGCAUGCGAUGAGUACACAACUGUCCCUUUCAUAAACCCAAAGGCCCUUUCCCAAAACAAUGGCAGAGGAUAGGGAUCAUCGGAGGCCUGACCAAGAAACGGGGGCUAACCACAACGUCCAACGGAGGGUAAUGUUAGGUGGCUAAAGGGCUACUCUUUUCACAUUCUAGGGACCCCCUUUGAAACCUAGUCAGCUGAAUGACUGAUAAAAACCAGCGCAGUCCAAUGCGCACAUGGGACUUCCUCUGUUCAAUCCAGCGAAGGCGUGCCUUCAAGAUGAAGGAAUUUUACUUUGUCCAGGCAUGACUGUCAAUAGCGUCGAUGCUGAACUGAUGGGUGUCUCAUUUGACUCUGCGCGCUAACUACUGUGGACACGCGCCUCUCUAUCACUUUGAAAAAUAAACUGGCAUGUGCUCCCAUACGUCGAACGUUCAGAAAGGGCAGUCUAUUAGGUUUACUCCACACAAAUCCACGUGGGUUUAUAUAUAUAUAUAUAUAUAUAUAUAUGUAUAUAUAAUGGUAGGGACGCUCACCGAUCGUCCUUGCGGAACUCACUCGUUCCGUUGUGCCUUACGGAUUCUCUCUCGAGUUGAACCAGCAGCCGCACAGCGGCGCAUGAUAUAGGCAGAAUGCUAUUACCGACAAAGACAAGGGAGACUGGAAUGGUCAUUUCUGGCUUAUUAACCGUCGUAGGCCAGCCAUACCCAACCCCGAAAUGUGACACACCCGAGGCUCGAACUCGCGACCUGCUUGUUAGAAGUCCACACCUUUAACCACUGAACCACGAGCCCGUCGCCCUGUCGGGUAAUAGCCAAUCACGACGUGAUAUCAGCCCACAGCAUUAGCCUAUCCUCAGUCAUGCCAGAGUAAUAUCGAUUUUUUUCGGCAUUGUUUAAAUUUUGACUGUUUCUUCACACUUACUACACGUCUGAAGACGAGCUGGGGAACCAGACUCGAAAAUUUACGAAAUAAAGUUUGUUCAUUUUCCCAAAGGACUCAUUCUUCUUUGAAAUAUAUAUAUAUAUUCACGCAGUAAUGGGCGCACACCGUUCUAUUGGCUUCUCAAAGCAAACAAGCUUCGUAUGGGCGAUAGGGGUCACUAACUCGCAACCACCUACCAUACCGAAGUAGACCAAGCUAUGAUAGCAGAGGGGAGACGACAGAGUCUGGGGGAGGGGAGGGGAGGGUAGAUUGAUACAGCACUUUCGGGCUUGUUUGCAUUCAUUCAGCCAAUCUUAACCCUGACCACCAGCUGGGACCGGAAAUACAAACAUGCACAUAGACAUACCUGGCGCAGUUGGUCCAACACUGGAGUCUACCAGAUGGGUCAUAAGCACUUCAUCGAACCGAAGUUAAUCAAUGCCUCACCACCUGCCAUUCUCUGUGGCUGCAGAUCAGGUAUUUAUUCACUCAGGAAUGGGCGCAUACCGAUCCAUUGGCCAUUUGUUUGCUCAUGCGGUAGAAAAUAACGUCUCCUCCGUAUUUUUAGACUUGAAGAAAGAAGGCAAUUCGGUUUUCAGAAGUUUCUGAUUAUGAGAGUUUUUAAGACCGUGAAAUGUUCAAUCAUAAAACGUUGUGUCUCUGUAUUUACUAAUGUUGCAUGUGAAGUUCACAAUAAAGCGCAAGUCCUCUGCUAAGCUUCAUGAAUUCCAUCCUAAUGCCGUAUAGAAAUAUAUGGUUUUCUGUGCACGGAAAAUGUACAGCCUGUAAUUUCGAAACCCAAGAUGCAAAUGUUACGGCAGGUCAAGUUCAGAAUUAUUUGGGAAUUGGUAGAGUUUUUUACAGUCGAAUUACACCCUUUACUCAAGUAUGAAACUUGAAGAAGACGUAAGUUAUUGAAAGACGUAAAAGAAUGAUCGAUUUUGAUUUAUGUUUUCUAGGAAACAUAAUUGAAUUUAUAGGGGCAUCGAAAAUAAGUGAGAAAGACUCAUGCUUCUUAAGCAGUCAUUUUCUACAGAGUGUUAUUUUCGCAGGCGGUCGGGAAGGAGCUCAUUUGAAAGUACACUGCUUUAUUUUAAGUUUAUGCUGCACGUUGAGCGCCCCUCUAUCACGAAGACAAGCCGACGACUACACUUCGUAACCAGCUUGUACAACCUAAGGAUAGGGUUGGCUAUUUAGAUAAGAAGGAAGUGGUCUAUAAGAUGCCAUGCAACACCUGCAAUGAGGUUUACUGCGGUAAAACAGGUAAAUCGGCCUCUACACGAUUACACAAAUAUCAGUUGGCUGUAAAAAAAGUCGAUACCUCUUGUCCCAAGUUGCCAUGCAUACGCUAGAAACCGGACACAAAUUCGUCUGGGACAGGACUCGCAUCGUAGGUGUCUGCUCAUCUAAGAAGGGCCGUGAAUUUUUGAGGCCAUCCAUUCUGAUAACUCAUGCAUCAACCGACACGUAGAAUUGGAUGUGGUGUACAGCAGCCUCAAGGAGAAGUGGAAAAGGCAUUGGAAAAUUAGGACAUUACCCCAGCAGGAAUGACAGGGCAAAAUCGAUUUUUAGGCAUGUUUAAAUGUUAACUGUUUUGCACACUUACUUCACGUCUGAGGACGAUUUAUGGAAUCAAAGUCAAAAAUUUACAAUUUAACUUGUUUAUCUUUCCCAAAGAACUUAUUUCUUUCGAAUUAUGAUUCUUGGGAUGCCCGUUUUCAAAUUCAUAUAUAUAUAUAUAUCUGCAUGUCGUGAUUUUAAACCUGGCGUCUGUUUUAUGCAAAUAAGAUGCGAAGUACCAGACGUGGAUCGACGUGGCCCGUCGGACUGGUCGGCGGAAGGUCGUGGGAGGGCUGCGUUACCGAUUGCGUUGACAAAAAUACUAUAGUUCGCUUCGUGGCCAGUUUUAAUCCCCAUCGGAAGUUUCCGAUUGACAUGGCUGCCUUUGCUUUCAACGUGAAGCUGCUGCAUGCCCAUCCCAAUGCCUCCUUCGAUUACGUGCAUACGGAGGCACAGGAGGGUUACAUUCUUACCCAGCUGGGAUUUCGCACGGCGUUCGAUUUGGAACCCAAAGCCAACGGAUGCUCUGAGGUAUGCAAACACUUAUUUUGCCACGAAAACUCGAAUCCAGCCGCCUAUCAUUCAUUUAAUUUUUGUCAUAAACAUGUCACUCGGUAAGCUGUGUACAGAAGCAACUCAAGCUGCAAAUUUUUUUGGGCACGCCUUGAAUAAAUUCGAACGACUACUUUCUGGCCACGUUCUAAGGCUGACCUCGAGUAGUAUUUCCGCCUCAAUCGGGUCCCCCCAACUUGAACAAGCUGUAAGGCAUGUGCGCGAUUUCGUUGCUCUGACAACUUAGGACGACCGUCUGAAAACCGCCCGCCCUUCUUGGUCAAGCUGAAAAUAUUGCAGUUAGCAUUUUAAAUUGCUGGGUUAUUUGUAAAUAUGCCAUCAUGGCUCGCGAGGAUCCCAGCAAACAAUUACGAUUAUGAGUGUCAAAUUGUAGAUUUGGGUCUCUGUACAAAAUGGAGAAGACAUUUGUUUGAUAAAUUUGAUAUUUAGAGAUUCAUAGGAGAAAACCAUGAUUUUAUUCAAAAAAGGCUUGCGACUCCCUGAACAUGCAAAAUAUUAAGUCUUAUUUGCCGGUAGCACUGCGGAAAUGAGCAUCAAAUUGAUUAAUAUAGGUGAAAUCGGCUUACUUCAAGGCUACGUUUCCUCCUUUUUAUAAUGGGUAAAACCCAACUCUCCAUAAAAACAUAAUUCAUGAAAGCCGAGUAAUAAGACUUUCAUGCUUCUUUAUCUCACACGGCUGACGUUCAGCGACAUAUUCUGAUCUCCAGUCAGGAUUGAAAAUUUCAACUGUGUUUUGGAACGCCAGAUUCAUACACCAGUGGUCAAAUAUGUCAAUUUAAAUUUCAAGGCGCCAGGCCGCUGACGACAAAUAAGCCAAAAAUAGUCAUUUCGGUGUUUAUUGUUUUGUCGAUACAACCUAUUGACGAUUCAACUCUGGCCUUCAUGCCAUUCCACUGUGUGUUUCUGUGGAGCAACCCAAUGGCCGACUGAGAGUCAGACUGCAAUGGCUCCUUUAUGGUUCUUCCACUCGGUCGUAACCGAGCCGUCCUCCUUCUCUUUUUUAUGUGCAAUCCUUUUCAUGUGUACGCGAACCAGUGGGUGUAUGACAUGCCUAAGCCCCGCAAACGGGCCACGUGGAAGAUGCGUUGGACCAAGAAGGCGGUCAUAUCGGAUUCCGGUAGGCGUUAUCGGAUUGCGCACCAUAACAAAUGCCAGGACUUAGGGGUGCGGUGGCAGACGCAGUUGCCAGCGCACGUCACGCACACUGGUACCCCUGCCGCUCCCUGGACGUUGUUGGUCAAAAACCUGGUCAUUUGCUGUGUGUACCAGGGGGUGUGGAGUGGAGCACCAAGGUGCGGGCUCGACCGUGCCAUCUACCUGCCCACUCUCCCGCCUUUGGUCUUCUUGACACUGCCUUGACGCCGGGUCUAGGUGGGGAGGGGGAGAGAGCGCGGUAGAUGCAGCGCAAGUCACCGUCCAUGCGCCUACCCUGCUGCGGGACACUCGGUGAGCAUCGUGGAAAUCGACGAUCGAACACUCGUAUGAUAUUUGUUGCGUCAUCACGAGAAAAUCAGUUGGACAUCAGUGUAAGUUACGGGAUUAGGAUCCUGGAUAUUUCCUGGGAUAGGCCGAACUUCCAUUCCAAGUUAUUAAGCCAUCCGUCUGACUCUCACGUCUAGCCAUGACAAAUAGCAACAAAUGGACUUAGACUUUCCUACAAACGUCUGCUGUAUAAAUGUUAUUUUUCGAUUUCCGUGCUUGGUGUCUGCCCCUUUCGCUGCGAAACUUGUAGGUGAGUUCAACCUUGAGUGUACUCAGUUAUGCGACGUUAGGCGUGAGCGCCAAGGUGCAUUCAUCGGGUAACGUCUUCUGGCGGAGGUCUCGUGAAAGUACUCAUGAGAUGGUGUUUAUGCAGUGUUGCUCAGUGAGAUUAUUUCUCCCAGCCAAACGCAGUUGAAAAUGCUGCUUACGGUUUCUGCAAUUCGUUUGCGUUUCAUUCAGUGUAGCCGUCAGCUUAGGGCCACUGCUUCAACUGCAGAUUACUUCACAUAGCUGCUACGUCAUACAGCGCCACCAAUUUGACAUAACCCUUGUCCGGACUUCUGUUUAUUGCCCGUGUAGGGAGUAUUGCAAGUUAAGCAACAUUUCCUUUAUUCCGACUGCCUGUCGACAGCCUGUGCGCAUUAUGCGGUCAUUCCGCUGAAGCUGUUGGAUGUCACCUCAAAUGUUCCCAUCAACCUUGGGGUCGAACGUGAAUGGGUUUGCGCCGAAGAAUUUACACCCAUUUAUUAAUUUCUGUGAAAUUUAAAGUCCCUGCCAAGUCCAGUUGUGUGUCAGUUGGGAGAUUCACCAGCUAGCACUGAUUAAGAAACCUUGAAGAACUGUGUUCCGAAUGCUUCUGUACGGGCCAUCGGCAGUUUUACCUUUCGAAGUAAGGCGUAUUUGCUUUUUCUUACUCCGCCGCUUACUACGUAAUUCUCGCCUCUAGCAAGUUCGACCGUUGCGAUAAUUCCCUGCCCCCGGCACCUCUGAGUGACGAGUGUACAGUACGUUUGCUAGCUCAUUAAAUGUGCCGAGAUUUAUGAAACAUUGUUAAUUACUCGCAAACCGACACAAACGAAUGAACCAAAAUUCCUAAUUAGCAAUGAAGGAUUUUCAGUGAAUUUGAAACAUACAGGACAUAUCAAAGUUGUCUUACGUGGUUUAGAAGUAACAAUCUUUUUCUAUAAAGUGGAAACGCCGGAAAUCGUUGUAACUGAGUGAAUUCAAAUUAUAGAUAUGCAGAACAGUGGAUGAAACGCCUCAAGUAGAAAAAGGGUUAAAAAUAGAGUAAGAUGUGGUUAUGCAGCCCCACCUGAUUUACACACUAUUAUUGGGGUUAGGGUAAGAGAUGAGGGUUAGGGGUAAGGGCAACUAUUUUUCGGCCACUUAAUGUACAACCGCGCAUUUUCAAUAGCUUUUCUUUUGCAUACAACUACUUGACCUUGUCGCUUGUGCGUUUUCCCCCGGCCCCACCUGUAAAAAACCCUAUUACCACCAGUCCCGUAUUACGAGUGGCUGGUGUUUGUUUACUUCAAGUGAAGCUACAUAACCACGUCUGAUCUAAGCGUCAUACUUGAAGAAAAUGACUCCGGUACUUUGUGAGUUAGGCAAAAAUUCAUCGUGGCCUUCCCUGUCUUAUCUGAUCUCCGGUAGUUGGUCAGCAACCUCUGGGGAUUAUUAAAGUUCUGCCAUCACCUACCAUACUCCGCCUCGAAAGGCCCUCUCACGCCUUCUUUUCUUAAAGUAUACAAUUUGCGACACGGCUACUGCUGAUCCGUGAGUGUUGAUCGAAGAGUAAAACACAAUCUUCAUAGGCAUUUUCUGUAUGUUUACUAUCAUAAGUGUCUGGUGGUCCCUAAGAUAGGAAACACUCAAAAGGGUUAAAACAAAGACAAUUUCAAACUAUCGGUCGCCUCAGUUGAAUAAUGCAGUUGGAUCAUCCAAAUGGUCUGACAAGCCCUGUCCACGACCAUCUGCUCGCUCAUGGCAGUUCCACCAUCCUCACCGACGAUGUCCACCGUGUGCCCUCAGUAAGGUGGAGCAGGGACGGUGACUUACGCGUGAAUUAGCUUAUAGUGAUAGUAGACUUGCGCAGAAUCUAGCGCACUCUCUCCUCCCAUUCCCCACCUAGACUCGGUGUCAAGACAGAGUCAAGAAGACCGGAUGAGGGGAGGACGCAGGUGCAUGGCACGCCGAGCCCGCUCCUAGGCGUGCCACCACACUCCCUGGUCCACAACACACAAUUGAGCAGGCUUUUAACCGUCAACGACAAGAGAAUGGAGGCUGUCACGGCCGAAGCCGCACCCAGGCGUGCCGUCACAUCUGGCUCGGAUCUAAUGGAGUGGGAGUGCAAUAAAGGCCAUAUUAAGAAGGAGACAUUGCAGCCUGACGCUUAGACCACCAGCCGGCCACUCCACACAAACACACAACACUGGGCCGACUGCGAGGUUCAAGUUAUCCCGUCAGUUGACAACCAUCCAAGCCACGGCCUUUAGCGCACCAUGAUAGCUUCAAGCGCGCCAGAUUGUUUAUAGUGAGGAAAAUGCGCUGAGUCGUCGACCUCACUCACCCUUUCCAUUCCCAGCCCCCAACCACUGUCCAAGUCGGUCAGUUGACUGAUGCAGGGAAUGGGCGCGGUGGUUGACCUGGUCUAGUGACUUUGCCUGCGCGCGCCACAUGCACGGCCCGGUUCCCCCAAACACAAGCACCAGGAUUUCGGACAACGGAGGUUGAGCGCUCAUAGAAUGGUUAACGGAGUCAACAAAAUAUCCCCGAAUUUUCGUAUUCCGGCAAGCUCUCCACUUUGUCGAAAUCUCUGUGCGACUUUCUGUUUGGCUUCGAAACGGGACGUGGAAGGCAAACCGAAGCGGUCGUACUUGCCCUGCACUCAGACCUGGUUGAUGGAGGCCACCUCUAUGCGCCUUGUAAUACUUCAAACUGCGGUCGGCAGAACUUACUGGUGUUUAACCAUUUACUCCCCCUGGCCAAGGUGUCCGUGAUUUGGCUUCUGAUACUCCUGGUCCAAGUAGUACAGUUUGGCGACGACGACAACAAGGAAACGGUCGCUUUCGUAUAUUUUAUCAUCUUCGGAAGCGCCCGUAAAGGUCAGCGAAUCCCGGGCAAAACAAUGUAAAUGGCAAAUCCUGGGUUGGAGGCCACUGCGUCAGCGGUUUGACGGGUUUUUCAGGUCCUAGCAUACCCUCAAAGAACUUUAUGUGGAAUUCUGGUCGUCCAACACCCCUCAACGCUGCAUGACACGUAACGAGCAAGGUUGAAACCAGGUGCGAAUCCAGAGGACUUAUCGUGGGCGAUGUGAGUUCCCUUGCCUGACCUUGCGGACUUGUAACCACCUCCAGCUGCAGAGCGUGUAAAUAACAUCCAAACUCUCUGACCAGUUAGGCAGUUUCGGUUGCGUCAGGCAGCUGCCUGCCCGACUUCGUUCGAGCUUACUGCGCAACGCCUGGUGGGGGCAGGGGUGAGGAAACCCACGCAGUGAAUGCCUGCCAAUUUGCCAACCGUCCCCACGUGGCAGUUAGCUGUGUCAUCGAAUUCACCAUCGCUCUGCCAAAAGGUGGAUGAUUUGUGACACUUAGUCAUCGCGUCCCACCGCGGACUUUUGCCCGGACAUUCGUCGUGUCAAGUCAUCGUCCGGAUGACCUGCGGUUCGUCCCGGUUGAAAUUCGCACGAUUCAGGCGCACGGGGCACAUGUACUCUUCUUUCUUCUCACAAGUUCUUGGUAUAGCGGAAUAGGACCGGGACCGUAUGGGCGCAGACCCCCUUCUCCGUUGCUCCGGGUAAAGUCCGUGAACAGAAGUUCACUAGCUUCUGGGUUGCCAUAGCGAUGGUACGUCCUCUCCCCCUUGCCUUUUCGGACAGCACACCUAGAAAUUACUCAAACCCCCAUUGGGUUAUCUGUGGUGUCAACAGAUGCGGAAGUAAGUCAUUUCUUAGCAUGAGUAAUUAAGCUGCUUUACUGCUCGGAGAGCGGGGUUCACACGCGCUCUAACGUUUGACUGGGAUUUCGCAAUCUGUUAUUUGGAACAAAAGAAGUACUUUGCCUAUUGCCCGUUUGUAGCAUAACGCGCCUCCUUCCCCGUAUCGUCUAGGUUCUCAUUCUUCCAAAAUCGAUGCAGGAAUUUGUAGCGUUCAGUGAACAUCAGUUUUACAUUUAAGCAACCCAUGUCAGGGAGGAAGCUUCUGCAAGUUCUUUUCAGUUUACUUUAAAAAACCUGGGGUUGGAGUAUGGGCAUACGGUUACAAAGGAGGAAACAUGGUCGGCAGGCCAAGGUCUUUGCCCACCCGACGUUUCGAACCCAUACUCGAAUCUAUCAUCAGCGGCAGUAUCAGAUAAGGGCAGUGAACUGCCAAGGUAUUGCAGCAUUUAUAGUUCGACCGUCGAAUCCGACUAGGUCCAUCGUUUUUCCAAUGGCAGUGUUACCGCAGGGACGGUGACUCGCAUUUGAAUUAGUCUGUAUUAAUAGUAGACUUGCGUUGCAUCUACUGCCAUGAUGGUGUCAAGAAGACCGAAGGGGGAAGAGGGCGCAGGUGGCUGGCACGGGCUCACUGCCGGCACUGCCUGUUUCACAAAGUGUAUUGUCCAGGAUUUAAAAAACGAGCAACAAAGGGACGGUUCGGAUCCCAGUUGGUUGGUUAUGACACAAGGGCCACGUUAAGAAGGAGCCGUUGCGGUCUGACUCUCAGUCCACCAGUCCAUUACUCCACACAACCACAUACUGGACCGACUGCAAGGUCCGAAUGAUCCAGUCGGUUGGCAGCCUUCAAAUACAGGGCUUCUUUCGCAUCGUGGCAUUCUCAAUCGCGCAAAAUUGUUCAGAAGGAGGAACAUGCGUCGGCCUCGCUCUCUUUCCUUUCGCUUGCACCGGCCAACUUUUCAAGCCUGUCAACCACCCGUCUGCGCGUGCCACACACAUGACCUGCCCCCCCGCGCAACCCAGUGGUGUUUUAAACAAAAGAGGUGGUCUGCUUGGGUCUCAAAUUUAUCAGAGGAGCCGCGCACAGAGGGAGCCGAAGAACGCACUACCUAGUCGCAUGAGAGAUCUCUAGUUCAUGGGUAACAAUUGGGAGAUGGCACCCAAAAAAUUCCGUUACCGAUGAGAAUAUGCCGGAGGACUGCAUGAGUGUUCGUCCACAGGCUGAUGAAAGGAAUAAAAUAAGGGUAUUUUACUAAGGGCCGGAAAACUUUAAAGGCAUACAAUCCUAGAUAGACGGUGCUAUCAGCUAAACAAUUCCACAAAAUGGCAACUCUCGUCGGGGUUAAGUGCGGCGAUGUUUUCAAUCACGUCCUCUGUGUUUAUUGAACGUGCAGUUUUGAAAGCGAGGAUAUGAAGGCAUAGGGUCAUGAACAGCACAACGUAGAACGUUUCCUUUAGCCAACUGCAUUCCGCUUUCAAUCCCCUAUUUAAAAAAACAAUUAAGCAGGGAAUACGAGCUGGAUCGACUUCAUAUUAUCUGUCUCUUCAAGUAAAUCCGACAUCGCGCACAUUUUUGUGGCCAUAUAGUGAUGAGGUUCAACUUUAUCGUUCGAAAAGCCAUUUCUGAAAAAAACUUCUUAGUAUUAUUUAUAUUUAUCCACGCAAUCCAAGGCCCCACCCGUAAAACCCCUAUUACCAACUGUCCCGUGAGACAGGCUGCUUUGGUUGGGCGGACUUUUUUGGGUGCCAUCUCCCAAUUGUUACCUUUACGGCCGAUUUUCGCGGAAACGAACGUGGCCGAGUAGACCCACGCGUUGGCUGAAUGUGCGUGGGCAUUUGAGGCGGCAGCGGCGUCGGCGGCGGCAACGGGUGUAUGUUAGUGCUCCAGACACUGGCUCGCAGGUCUCUGUACAAUAGAUUCGCAGCGGAUCGACCAAGCCGACGCGUAAUGUGCGCGUUCACCGGCAAUAUGCGGCUGCUGAGUCGGUUACGAUGAUGUUGCUACAGUCGCCACGCCGAUGCACGCCUAGCAACAUGGGGCGCCUCCGGCAUUCGUCGCAGAUAGUUGCACAUGCUGCGAUAAUGACUGAAUUUGGCUGCAACCGAGCCGUUAAUGGCCGGGAUUUUUAUCAUCCGUGAUGGGUCCCUGGACUGUAUGGCCCACCGACGCCGGCAAAAAUAUCAGUGGUCGUCUGAGCGCUUCUGCAAGUUCUCAGCACAGAAUAUGGCGGAGGGAGGUCACUGCUCUUUGUACCUUACUGAGAGCCAAGAAACCCGGACAAAGAAAAUGCAUGCUACAGGGCCUGGGUCAUUAAUCAACUACCUCAUCACGGGCAACCAGCUGGGAUGACGGCAGGAGCUGUAACUUCUAAAUACUGCAACACCUGCACAGCUCAUUAACUAGUACUUGAUUGCGUCUUUGCCACUGACUCCGAGUAUGAAUCCGACUCGGCAGGCGAAUAAAGCUCCUGUUCGAGAGAUCAUGUCUCCGAUUUCACGGCUGUCUCCCUGGGGCUCGCCUCCUCGCUUCUACCGACGUAAAGUUACUGUUUGAAGUUUUAAACAAAUCUCCACCUCCAAACAUCCAGGGGGGAGGGACAAAACGCCAACUCUCAUUUGCCCGAGGUGAUCCUCUAAGGGCUGGUGGACCUGACACCGCGAUUACAUUAGUAAAUGUUGUUUUAAUUUAAAUGAAUCGCUAAUGUAACGCCGGCUGCUUGAUCAUCAGUUAGGCUUUCUGUGCCAGAAAGCAGAUUCUGGGUGUCCCAAUUUUGUUGCCACUGAGACCACACUUUCCCUUUGAAAGAAGCAAGUGUAUCACUUUUUAUUUUAUUUUUUUUAUCUUUUUACAGAUCUUGGUAUGGCAUACAAAGACACAGAAACCGAAAAUUACCGCAGAGAGCAUGCUGGAUCUAGCGCCCAGGAGAUGUAACGAUACAACUGUUACCAGAAACUUAGUAUGA